AUUGAGAAAACCGGCCUCCGCGAGUUACGCCGAACGUUACUGAAUGGACUCUCCGAAGAUCUCGAAUCCCAGCCACUCAAUCAUAAUGUGCGCUCAACUCUCAUUGGGAUCGGGAAUUUCCUGCUUUAUUCGCGAGGAAAGUUCGCAGACCAAUUGGUCCCUCUGCUUAUCAAGACGUUGGCAACUCUCCCACAAAUGAAGUGGGUCGACGAUGGUCUGCUUAACAAAAAAGAUAGAGUCCCUGUACAGGAACAAUUUGCUUUCUGCUUCAAUACUGUUCUGUCUGAUCUCGCUGCACAUUUACCUGCUCAUCGUAAUGCCAAUCCUCAUCUUCUGAGACUCACAUGUUAUGUUAUGGGGUUACUUCGGUCAUUGGGGCGAUAUUCAGCAAGCCCCGACAGGCCUCUAAUCUCAUACGUAUUUCCGGUCGAAUUCCAGAUGCCAAUUGAAGGGACCUCGGAUAUACCUCGAAUAAGCUCUGAUGAUGCGUGGGCAUGGCUGGAUGGAGGAUCUGUGCCCACAGAAAAGGAGACUACAACGAGUAGCGUGCAGCGCCUAGUUAAACUCUACAACAAAUUCGGAGCAAGUUUUGUUGGUACUCACACCGAAACGAAGGACGGCAUCCAGUUUCUCCUGAAUAAUAAGGAGCUGGAGUCUCUAUUCGACACGGUGCAGCAACUACUCUCAAAAAGAUGUGCUCACGCAGUUGGACAAUCACGCUACCGACGUGGUGCACAUAUCAAACGCUUUCCAUACAAGACAGUGAGUGAGACCCUCACGUUGACGUGCUUGUCAUUGCUGCGGGAGGUACUGCGACCGUUUUCGGUGCUCAACAAGGAUUGUUCUGUUAAGGAGAAUUUCGCUAAGGAGCUGAAUGCGUUCGUUGUUCAUCUACUGGGUUUGCUGGAAACUCAACGACAAUCACUCGGAGAACGUCGAACGACGCCAUCGAGCGUAGCACGACAUUCUGAUGCGGUUUGUUCAACGAUGUCCGCUCGUCUAUUCACCAUCAACACGAAUCGGGUGCAACUGUCACAACUGCCGCUAGCUCUUCGAGCGCUGUCAUCGCUUGGAGGGCUUGCGGAGAAAUUUCCUUCUGUGGCGACUGCCACUGUGGUUCCAAUUUUGUCUCGCUUUCUCCUCGAACCGGCACCAAUUCUGGCCAAGUUGUCAUCGGAAACUUCUUCUGAGAGGAAAAAUGAAGAGCGACGUCAAGAAGAAACAGCAGCUAAGAGGAAGGCAGCCCUCGAUGCUCUACGUAACGCCGCUAUCGAUGCUUUGUGCAGGGCUUUGAAGUCUUCCCUGAGUGUGGAUGCGGAUAGUGUGCAGGCGUGUCUCGCCAGCCUUUCAUCCAAGCUCUUCGUUUGCUCCAGCGCAAAUAAUUUGUAA